GAGAACUCGCCACUAGUUUCGUACCAACUCUCGCGCGAGUCGGAUGUCGGUUAAUAUCCCGUGUAAGUUCACCCCCGUUGCCGUUGGCUGGUUGAAAAACAAUAAGUACGAAGGACCUUAUUCGCGAUCGGUCACGUUUCGCGCUCCUUUCCGGCUUGCGUUUAUUCGUGUCCCCCUCGAUAUUUGCUCCUCUCCGUCCGUCCGUUCUCGGAACGUAUCCCCGACUCAUCGUUUCCACUGUGCUCCACUUGAUCCCUGGAAAAACACGCGAGUGUGUGCUGCGUAACGCUACGCGAAUGCCGUGAUGCUGUACGGUGACGGACAACGAUCGUCGGGGCAUCUCGACACCGUCUCGAUCGCAUCCUCCUGACAGUAUGAGCCUCGUGCAUCGUCCUCGCCGAUAAGAUAGUGGUGGUCCGCUCUAAGGACGAUGUCGUUGCAGUGAUACCAUUUACCAUUAUACCGAGAAGAUCCUUGUUUGUAGCCGCGAAUGGAUCGAGAUUACUCAACCAAGUGGUACUCGGUGAGACGCGAACAGUGUGCCCGCGAUUUGAAGAGUGUGUGAUCGAUAACAUGUAUCGCGUGUGAGUCGUGGUACUCUGUAACACGUGUGACAGUUUUGAGAGAAAGAGGGAAUAUCUACUGGGGAGGUUUGUUAACGGAGACGGUGUUUCUGAACGUGACCGCAUCGUGUCCUGUAUCGUUUGUCGCGGUAUUAGAUUCGAGUGACCGGUUAGUCACAUUGUGAUCCGUUCGAAUAGAACGUGCAGCUCGUCGAGCAAUGUUGUUCUAGUGUAUCGUUAAUUUCCAGUGACAAUGGUCGGAUUUCACGCCGCGGACACCAUGGAUUUCUCUACUUCGAACGCGGUGUCGGCGCGACGCACUUCCGGCAAGAACGAGGAGGAUCUUGCGAGCAGUGGAUCGAGACAUCGAACAACGAAUGGCAGGAGAACAAGGGACACGACACGAUUGACGACGCCGUUUAUAAUCUGGCUGUCGUUGCUACUGACACUGGGAACCAGGACAACCUCGUCGGCCGCGAACAUGACGAACGUGUCACCGGUAGCAUCCACAGUGAAGCCAAUCACCACCACCGAAGUAGUUUAUCAACGAUUCGCGAUCGAGCCAAUGGAUCAGACGGCGGUGAUUGGCAGCCGAGUGACGCUUCCUUGCCGGGUCCUCGACCAGAAGGGGCCUAUACAAUGGACAAAGGACGACUUCGGUCUGGGCGCUGUGAGGAAUCUCACAGGAUACGAGCGUUACGCAAUGAUCGGCAGCGACGAGGAAGGUGACUUCUCGCUGCACAUAUACCCCGUGGAACUGGAGGACGAUGGCACUUACCAAUGCCAAGCCUCGCCUACGAACGAUGGGCAGCCGGCAUUGCGCUCGAGAUUCGCCAAGCUGAGCGUGCUGGUUCCGCCUCAGAAGCCGAAGAUCCUUCAGGGCGAUUUCCUUAUCACGACCGAGGACCGAGAAUUGGUGAUCGAGUGCGUCAGCGUGGCUGGCAAGCCGCCUGCGGAGAUUACGUGGAUCGACGGGCUGGGAAACGUGCUGCACAGAGGCAUCAAGACAACGAAGGAACUGUUCGACGACGGACCGUUGUACACGGUGAAAUCCGUGCUGAGGGUGAUGCCUCGCAAGGAUCACGACAACACGACGUUCACGUGCCAAAGUCAGAACGCGGCCGACCGCACGCCGCAAAACGCGAAGUUACGUGUCGAGGUCCGUUACGCGCCGAAGGUCUCUUUGAGGAUCCGCUCGGGUCUGGGCAAGAACGGACGUAUAGUGGAGGGCAGCGAGCUCCGGUUCAAAUGUCGUGCCGAGGCCAAUCCACCGAACGUCGAGUACAGGUGGUUUAUCAACGAGAAGAAGGUAAUCGGCGACUACACGACGGAUAUGAUCAUCCACAACGCGACCCGCGAUCUUCACGACGCGAUCGUAAAGUGCGAGGUCCACAACGACGUCGGCAAGAGCGAGGAGACCGAGACCCUGGAUAUCACAUACGGGCCGCAGUUCCGACACCCACCAGUCUCCGUGGAGACGCAGUACGGCGCUACGGAAAUCUUGCAAUGCGACGUCGACGGGAAUCCGACGCCGGAGAUACGCUGGUACCACGAGGACACCGAGCGACAGGUCGCCACCACGCCGAACAUAAGCGUGGUGGUAAAUCACGAAACGGCCGGAAGAUACGUUUGUAAAGCUCGCGUACCCGGUUUUCCGGAAUUGACGGGCCACGCCAACAUCUACAUCCGGGCGCCACCCCGCAUCGAGUCGCAGAAGGUCCAGUACGUGCCCGACGAAGGAGUCGUCAAGGUGAAGUGUACUGCGAUAUCUGUGCCAAAAGCGGACUCGGUGGUAUGGAGCUUCGCCGGUAGCGAGCUCAAUUUCUCCUCGAACAAUACGCCGUUCUACGUGCAGGAGGAAUACACCGGCGAGAGGGUCGUCAGCACUGUCACGUUGCUCGAUCCCAUAUCCACGUACUUCGGGGAUUACAACUGCACGGUCACGAAUAGCUUCGGCACGGAUUCCGUCAUAAUCAAGCUGACGGCACACAUCGAUUGGCAACUGAUUUUGAUCAUCGGCGGACUGGUGGUCGUCUGCGUGAUCCUCAUUGGCGUGAUCGUUGUACUCUUUCUGCAAUGCCGGGACCGCAUCAAACAGCCGCGGCCGAGGACAGCCCAGACCCAGGAGACUGAUAUGCAAGAAACAGAUUCGAACGCUGAUCGAUAUCGAGAGAGCGACAGAAGCAGCAACCUCUCGGAUGUCAAAGCGGAUAUACGAGCGGGAUCGAGUGUCAGUAACGCAGAAAGUGUGACAGCACUUGACAGCGAGGGCGAAGGAAGCACGAGAGGUGUCAAUGCUUUGGCGUUGGCCGGCCCUGUUCCAAAUCCUUUGGGUUAUCGUUACAGCGCCGAUUACACGGAACCUUCGUUUCCACCCAAGAAUAACGACGGUAGUAACAACAAUGGUUACGUGCCGUACGUAGACUACACCCGCGACUACAUGCCACCCACGACACAAGGAGUGGGUGCGUCGCGAGAAUCCUUAAGCAGGAUACCAUCGGGCGGCAUUCUCGCCUCAAAGAAGAUCGGUCUGAGUUCUGCGAAUUUGGGCACGCCGAGCCCGCAAACGACUCCCGCGAUCGACCCUCGUUUCUCCGCAACCUAUGGAAAUCCCUACCUCAGAAUGUCAGCGGCGGAACAACUGAGACACGCGCCGCAUACAGCGGUGCCGGGAGUAACGCCAGCACCACCACCCUAUACUCAAGCAAUGAGAAUGAAUAGCUUGAAUACCUUGAACGGAGCUGGACCGCAGGCUCCACUUUCGGCGCACUACAUCACAGGUGGGCCAAACGGUGGCGUCGCGACGGUAAAACGCACCUCGGCGGUCGGGACGCUAGCGACGCAUGUAUGAGGCCAGGGGGUCUAUCCGAACUAGAACCAUCGACGUUCGGGCCUAACUAGCACCGCCUUCCAGCAUCGUCGAGCUGUCGAAGAAACUAGUUCGCGCUUCAAGUCGCGCGAAAACUUGUUCGCGGAUCGCCUAGCUAGAACCUGUCGUUAUCAGAACGUUGCUCGACGAACUUCCACAGUCGCGCGAGCGUCGGAGGUCGAACGAUUGCUCGGUGAAUCGAGGUUGGGGGACGAGAUGUGCGCGAAGAAGAUUCGGGUCAAAGGACGGACACAACGAAUGGCGGAGAACGGUGAGGCGCUCAAGUACAUCGAAUCGGUGCUACGACAAUUGCGAAGGGCCAGUCGUGAUCAUCGGCAACUCGUCGAACAACGUCAUCGUGUCGACGUCUCGCGACCGAUUCGUGUCUCCUCGACGAGUUACGAACAUCCGGAGAAGAUAGACCCGCGGAGUUUCAUGAUUCCAAUCGAGCACGAACUGUUCGAGGAAGACCAGCUCGUCCGUGACUCUUGGGAGACGCCUCGAAGAGAGUACAGGUGGCGAGAAGUUGAACGCAUCGAAGAAUCGCGAGAACUGACCGAGUAUUCCGUUUUGGAUAUCGCGACGAAGCUGUUGGCGAGACGAAAAUCGUACGCGAGAGCCAUGGACACGUUGGAAACGACGCCUAAAAGGAUUCACGAGAGGACCAGUCUGACCAGCCGACACGAGUUGCGAUACGUUCCUGCGUACCAAGGAAUUGAUACUACGAUUAUAGAAUGAACGACCGCGUACUUACGAGCUGUUGCAAAGAAACUUGGAUCGUGAAGGUCUCUGGAAAAAAGAACUGUCUAUCGCAGCUGUUGGCAAUUCGACCGAUAUGGAAGCGGAGAAUCGGCCGGUAAAUUGAAAGAGACUCCUAUCUCACCGUUGUUGGUCGAACAUCGUCGAGAUUACGUUUCGCAACGUGCGGUAUUCCAUUUAAGAAGACUGAAGUCGCGGUAGCAAAAAGAUUCCUUCGUCGAAUCGAGAGCACGAGAGGGUAUUUUUCUCCCUUCAUCUAAAAUAUCGACUUUGUAGCUCGAGGAGACUGGACGAAAAUCAGUAUACGUUCGCCAUGGAAAUGAAUCGACGAGAAGAAGAAAGAAGAAACGGCGAUUGAGGCGAUUGAGGCUCGUGUUCUACGAGGGUUCGCGAGAAUGAAGGACGGUGGUUAGGUUCGUAGAUCGAAGGAACUCUUCGGAACAAGAACAGACCACUCGGUAUCGACAAUCUUUUAUUCGCAUACUUUAGAUCUCGAUAAGAAUUUAAUGUUCAUUCGAAACGUAACGAAAAUGGGAAUUGAAUCUCAUCGCUGAUCGUAGUAGCAGUCACUUUAAAGGGAAAACGUGAAGUGAACAUCGGUAGCUUCGACGGAUGUAUUUCGCUUUUCGAAUAUGUGAUAUGCAGACGGGGAUGUCCAGCCGAACUGGCUGAUCGGACAAGAACGCGUCUCGGCUGCUACUUCGACGUUACUGUGUCGUGCUGCCUUUUUUUUUUUAUUUGUAGGACAAAUGUUAGAUCUCGCGCAGUAUUCGCAAGCAAGCGCACUAAAACGAGAGCAUGCAAUAAUCUCGAGGUUCGCGCGCGGCUUGUUUGACAAGAUCGGUCGCGAUCUCGAGCCUUCUUCCGGCCUGAGGAUUCGCUUACGAAUGAACAAGCGUUUAGAAUCGACGCGUUCCGCAGGCCGACAUCUGUAAAAUAGAUAGCUAAAAUGAUUAGGUAUAUAUAUAUAUAUAUACACCUGUUGUCAAUAUGAACAUAGGGCCUAUAGUUUGGUGGCGCUACCAGAGCAAAAUUGUAUUGAAAUAAGCUCGUUCGUAAGUGGACAGCUUUAUGUAAAUAGAACAAUCUAUACGAUAUUAAGGAAGAUGGGUAAAUAGGGAAGGAAAGAAAGAAACGCGUUAGAUGAAACUGGUCGUGCAUCUUGUUUCAAAGGAGUGAAAUCUAGCACGACUUAAAAAAAAAAGAAAGAAAAAACGGAUCGAGAAUUCUUUAUUCAAUUACGCUCGUUAUUGAAUUAUUCUCGUUUCUCUAGAAAUUAUAUUGGUUCGUUUUUUCUGCUUGUUUGCAAUGUCUGUAGUUCAUGGACGAGGAUAAGAAAUAAAUCUAUUGGCAAUGCUUCCUCGACGAUGAUCUACGGAACGGCCUCAAAUUAGAGUCUUUAAAUUUAUUAAAAAAAGAAAAAAAUGAAUUGAUUCGCGUCACGGUGUACGACGAAGAUGAUACCAUUGAUUACGAUAACGAAACAGGGUAGCCUAUCAAUUAUUGAAACGAUUCUGAAAACAGAAGGCUGCACACUGAAAAAAAAAGAAGAAGAGAAGUGAGAACGAAAGGAAUUCGAACGAACGACGACGGUGAUCGUCGCGCGUUCAGAACUAGAUGAACGAAUAUACAUUUGUAUCGUGAGAAAAUAUCUUUAUAUUAUGACGUCUGUAACAUAAUUUCUGUACAUAACUGGAAUUAUUGCUCACCGUAUCUCGUAAGAUUUAGUUAGUUUUGUAACUGUGAAAAGGAGGAAGAAGAAAAGGAAAACACUAUGUGCAUAUCUGAUUCUGCGCGAGCUACUUUACGGCAGACGGUUCCUCUCGAAAAACCCUCGAUUCUGUCGUCGGAAAUCGAAAAAAAAAGAAUCAGUAUUCGUGACGAUACUUCCUUCCUAUCGAGGAUAUGUUCUCACAUUCCACGAUCGAUCGUGCCUCGCGCGAUCGUCGUCGUUAAGAAACAAUCAGUUCCUUUGUUCGCGCUUAAAACGUCUCGUCGAGGAGAACGCGAUCGUCUUCAGCGAGAUUAUACAGUGUAGUAUUAUCUUAAUCGUAAGCAUUUUCGAUUCUCUCGUUCGGACCGUGCGUUUUCCUCGUCGCAACGUCGAGCAGCCUCGACGUCGACGGUGUUUCCUUUUUCUCGGGCUACGGAACCAUCUGCCGUAAGUUCGGCUUUAUUGUACGUCAAUCACUCUGUACAAUGUUCAUCCUGAUGUUACUGUUAACUAUUUAAAUGAGCGAGUGAGAGAGCGCGUGCGAGAGUGCGAGUGAACGAGAAAGUUUCGAAAGUUUCAUCCGAAACGUGCAAAACAAAGUCCUCUGUGCGCAUGCGCGUGUGGUAAUUGCGCAAGCGUAGUUUCGCGUUGCGCACGCACGCAUGCGCACUCGUCUGUUACACGAGUAACGCGUCUAUGUAUAAAUGCUUGGUGGAAUUCCAAACUGUACAGAUUCAACGGGAUGAAAGAGAAACAAAAGACAUAAAAAACAUACACGUACACACAGCCAUCAGGAAACUUUUGUUCACCAGGAAUAUGUCCAAGGAUACGAAUACGCGUAUGUACACGACAGAAUUUAGUAACGGCACGUGGCCAUAUUUGUGAGAGAGCGAGAGCGAGAGCGAGAGAGAUCUAUUACAUACAGACACAUGAUUUCUAUUAUAAAAAUGUAGGUUAACAAAGUAUACUGCGGGAAGUAAUUACAAUCAAUGUACUGGAUGGUCCGAGGCGAUGUUAAAAUUAGAAAAGUUUAUGUCGUUUGAACCUUAGAAAUUUACGCCUUCUUGCCGCUGGGCCAUCCUAUACGUAUUAAUUGGUUAUCUGUCAAUUAUUAAUUAAAUUAAUAUCGAUUUCUUCGCCUUUAGUCAAGGAAAGGAACGAGAGCCGACGAGAUCCAAGCUUUUCCUUCUGGUCGCGCGAGUUUGCGUUCGCGUUACACGCUCCUCUUCCACUCGCCACGAAGAGGUCGUAUCACCCACGAAUAGCUUAUUUUUCUAUAGUGCAAUCGUUUCGUUUCGUGCAAUUCCCCAACGUCGUUGUUUUUCAUUGAAAGUUUAUUCGCGUAACGCGUCGAGAAAAGAAGAACUGCUUGCUCGUGCGAUUCGACGAGAAAACUUGGCGCUUCGGCUCGGUCACGCUGUGUUGCAAAGCGCGAAAUUCUUAGGCAAUUUAACGAGUCCUCUGACGAACGAUCAUGCGUUCUCUAACUAUCACGCGAUACGAGAGUAGAUGAUGUAGAGAGAGAGAGAUAAGGAGAAAUGAAGAAGACAUUGCCUAACUGGGUGAAAGAGGGAAGUUUUUUCAAAUUUGUUGAUACAUUUCAUACUUUACGGUUAGGAAUUAUGGCCUAUUACUACUAUUUCGCAAAGUUUAUCCGACGAGCCGAUCGUUUCUUAUUCCUUCACGUGUCACGUUUGAACGGGUUCGAUGAUUUCCUUUUUUUUUUCUUUUUAACGAAAAGAAAACAGGGAAGAGUGUUAAAACGUUUCGAUUCAGUAGCAUGUGCCAUACUAUUAUUCAUCGUGUAAAUAAGCUUUGUGGAAUCCAAUAAUAAAAUCCAAGUAAACAGAGAAGGUGGAAUAAAAAGUAAUCGAUUCGCAGAAGAGGAACGCGAAUCGUAUCGCGAAACCCGAUCACGUGCGACGUAUCUUGGAAACGAUCGGAUCGUCCGCGCACAUUUGUGAAACGGAAAGUGACUUUUUAGGAAAUGAACACUUUUUCGCGUGCUAUCAAGAAAGCUGCGUAAAACACGAGCAUUAAAAAGAAAAAGGAAAAAAAAAAAUAACUAUUUCGAAUUCGACUGAGCGACAUAUAAUAGGAGAUACGAUAUAUACCCCCAUAUUUUUCUCGAUGUUAAGCUUUUUUCUUCGAACGCGUUGCGCGGCGUGUGAAGAAGAAGAAUUAGGCUGCGUGAAGGAAUUUCAAGCGAAUCGUUGCGAAUCUUUCGAAUAAUCGGCGUACCAUUUGUACAGUAGCGGGAAGGGCACGAGAACUGCGAUCGUUCUCGCACGAGUAACACAAGGGCGAGCAAGAAAAACAAAGAAUAUCGAAGGAUAGUUGUUCUGAAAUAACGCGAGCACUUCUGAUUCAGAUCAACCAUCCAUCCACGAUCGAAUUACACUCCGAGUUUCGAGGAAACCACGUUUUUCUAUCGAUCCUGAUAACCCUUUUCUCCACCUUUUUAUACGAAACCGAAAGGAGAAACACGAUUAGUAUCUGGGAAAAUCUGUUGCGUUUUUACCGAAACUCUUCAACGUACACUGUGUGUAGUAAUCUCGACCAAUAAUCGCGAUCACGAUUUCAUUCAAAUUUCCUCGGUCUAGAGCAAACGUGCAUGGGAACAAUUAACUAAAAAUCAACGCACUUUUUUUUUCUAACGAUCGUCUCGAUAUGAAAUUCAUCCAGCGAAACGUUUCGAUCCUGAUGUAUUUUACAGGUACAGUAGACUGUUUGACAAAAACUAAAAAGACUGUAACCGCGUUAAAUCUGAAUGACAAAUCCGCGAAUAGGAAAGGGGUCGAUGUACGAGUCGCGUGACUUGUCUCGGAACGAUCUCUCGUUCGAAA